GUCAUACAUGGAGGCUGUUCCGUCCACCCGGCAGACCAGAGAACCGGGCCUGGGAGGAAAGGUCCGUGGCCUUGUUUCAGCACCAGAGAGACUAUAGGAAACAUUUAAAUCUGUCUGAUGGCAGGAGGGAGAUUCCGGACACGCCAGGGCAAAUUGGAUUCUGGAUGCGUUUGAGCGUCGUCACUGAGCCGACAGCUCACUUCCUGAUUCUCAAAGUCGAACCUCUCCAUCAUCUUCAUAUUACAUCCAGUCAGACAAGGGAGCGGGGAUAGCACCUCCCUCGUCCUAUCUGCUGGAGAAAGAGAGAGGGGGGCAGAGAGACUGAGAUUGCUUGUGCGUGCUCCUCCGUGUGUGCGUGAGUGUGUGUGAGAGAAGAGAGUGCGAGUGUGUCGGCGGUGCUGGGAAUCGGACGACAUGAGCUCUACAUGAGUCGUGUAAAAAAACGCUUUAAGACGCUCUCGGCGUUUGAGUUUGACCCCUCCGAACCGAGGACGAGCCUGAAGCUGAGCCGUGCGCAUUAAAGAUUCAUCACGACCAGGUGCAGCACUGUCUUAAGCCUGCAGAGGCAGAAUGCCGGAGCAGAGCAACGACUACCGUGUGGUGGUGUUCGGCGCGGGGGGCGUGGGGAAGAGCUCUCUGGUCCUGCGCUUCGUUAAGGGCACGUUCAGGGACACCUACAUCCCCACGGUGGAGGACACCUACCGGCAAGUGAUCAGCUGCGAUAAAAGCGUGUGCACCCUGCAGAUCACAGACACCACGGGCAGCCACCAGUUCCCAGCCAUGCAGCGCCUCUCCAUCUCCAAGGGCCACGCCUUCAUCCUGGUCUACUCCAUCACAAGCAAACAGUCUCUGGAGGAGCUGAAACCCAUUUAUCAACAGAUUUUGGCCAUAAAAGGCAAUGUGGAGGCCAUCCCCAUCAUGCUGGUGGGCAACAAGAGCGACGAAACCCAUCGUGAAGUGGAGACCAAGGACGGGGAGGACCAGGCCAACCGCUGGAAGUGCGCCUUCAUGGAGACGUCGGCCAAGACCAACCACAACGUCACGGAGCUCUUCCAGGAGCUGCUCAACCUGGACAAGAAGAGGAACAUGAGCCUGAACAUCGACGGCAAGCGCUCCGGGAAACAGUCCCGCGCAGAGAGACUGAAGGGCAAAUGCAGCGUGAUGUAGAUCGAGGAAGAGGAGAGGAGACAGAAGGAGAGGGAAGGGGACAGAGGGGAGGAUAUGCUGAUCGGGAGAGAUAAAUGAGAAGGACAGGACAAAGGAGAGACUCUCUGUCUAUCCAAUCAAAGCAAAAAUGUUGCGAUGGCAAUGGGAAUCUUAUUAUCCACAUCCUCCAUUUGUUUGAGUUGGGAUUUCAGAACCACGGCAGCGCACCGGAAAGAAGCAGCUCUUUAGAAGUGUUUGUCUGAGUGGGUGGAGGUGAGACAGCGGCGCAGCGUCCAGGAACCGUGGAGAAGACGAGCGAGGAAACGGAACCGUGGAGGCUGCGGAGGUUUGCGUGCAUCCAAACAUCGGAGCCGUCUUUGAAGCAGAAUAAAGGUCCCCGAUCCAUCCAAUAAUAUUGCUCAUCAUAUCAUGAGUUCAAAUCAUUUAUCUUUUCAUCUGGCCUCUUUGUGUGCGCUUCUCCCAACAUCUUUAGAAAUAACCGGUUUUUACUUUCCUUGGGAUCAGUCAUCUCCUGAAAUUGGGUCCAUUAUGCUAAUAACUGCGGGAAUCACACAUCUGAGACUGCCAGCAUGAGCAGCACUCAGCCGGACAUCCAACCCAGGCAGGUCCCGGAGCCACAGCACUGGGCUCCGGUGUAUAUAACCACGGGGGUGUGUAAAUAUCGUCCAUCUAGCCUAAACAUCUUUAGCCUCAACUAAUCACUCAGUCACAGAAGAGGAGCAACUCAAGUCUGACAGUGUUAACGAUUCACUUCAUCGUUCCUCCUCAGAGAUGGAGAGGGGGGUGUGUAGGGGGGGGGAUUAUGAUUCAUUUCUCUUCUGGUCUUGUAAAAAAACAACAACAACUUAGCAACAAAACCUCUGAAAAUCAUCACCGUAAACGAGGAGGUAUCUAGCUUGUACACUGAUACACGCAACAAUCCUUUUAAAACGUUCAUAAAGUGUAGAAUAACCGAAGAGGAGGAAGGCGAGCCGGAGGACGAAGAAGGAGAAACGAGGCUGCCUUGUUUUACCAGGACGAAUAAUCGAUGCUGAGAUGGAGAGACGAAGGGAAGAGGUCAAGGAUAUCAGCUCGCUUUGACACUUUUCACGUGAAAGUUUCUCUUUAUGCCUUUUUUUUCCUAGUCUGUUUGCUUUGUAAUGAUCUUUAAGAAUCAUGCUAAAUGGGAAGGAAAUCCUUGCAUUUAAAGCACACUGAAGGAGGGAGAAAAACAGGAGGUUAUGAGAAAACACGGUCCACUUGGAGAACUGCUAGUCCUGCUUCUAUUUUUGCUGGUUUGAUUAUAAAUACACAGCAGACAAAUCUGAACCUCUGGUAAAGAUACAGUAAAAGUAACUGAGGUGUGGAGACUAAGAUGUUGUGUCUGUGAAACCAUUCCUGACUUGAUUUGACUAAAUGUUGUGAAUCCUUAUCCUGCUAAAAAAUGCCACAUUUUUAUUUAAAACAAAAAAUCAAAGAGUUUCAUAGUGUGUCUAUUCUUAGAGGCUUUGCGGGGACGAGGAACAAGCCCCCAGGAUCACAACUCCUCUGUCAUAUCCGUCUUCUGUUUCAGGAUUGAUGAGACACUUUUGUUCAUUUUCUCACCUGAUCAAUGAACCAAACAGUCCAAACACAGUUUAUCAGCCUCCAUGUGUUCAUGACGAUGCGGAGGAUCUGUGACCUUAAAGUGCCGCAGAUUCAGUUUGUUUUAGAAGAUUUUACAGAUUCCUCAGUCUGUAGAUUUAGACAUAUUGCUGUUUUCCAGCAUCAUUUGCUAAAAUCGCCUCUUACCUUUGAAAGAAACUGGCCUCUGAGACAGGAAGUCGUGGAUUACUAGCUAAACACUCUUGGACACGCUGAGCAUUUUGGGGUAAAAACACUUAAUUUCCUCAGCAUGGAAUUUUCUUCCUACUCAAUAAAUUCAUUUAAACUAAAUAUUUUUCAGUAUAAGACAAUCCUACUACAAUAAAACAUAAUCUUGACAAAGAAAUUACAAGAAAACUGAUCUCUUGUCAUGUCCUAUUUUUACUCCGCUGUACGGGCUGUAGCCCAGGGUAGCAUUAGUGGGGGGGAGGGGGGGUGGACACACAAAAGUAGUUCUUCCCAAGUGGAAAAUUUACAUUUUUUAACACCUGCACUGUAUUGUAGGUUUGGAACGGCAGAAGUAUUUUUCCUUGUAAAGAGUUACCAAAAAAAAAAAAAAAGUAAAGAGAACAUUUAAAAAAAUAAAAAUAAAAAAUGAAUCAGAUUAGCUACUGGAAUAAAAGAUGAAUUUAUUCUAAGGCUCUUUACAUAUCUUUACCAGAGAUUUGUCUGCCAUUUGUGUAUCACCAUCCAUUUAUCCUCAAACAGGAAGCAGGAGACGGGAUAAACACACACGCAUGUGGGAAUCAUGCAUGCAGCCGUCAGUAGAGAGAAAACAUGCGUAUGGCUCCGACAGUCACUGUUUACUAACUACAUGGAGACAAAUAGGGCUCAUUCUGCUUAAAUGCCCUCGCAUUGCACUUUAUAUCACACACAGAUAUAUUUAGUUUCCCAUGUUGUUCCUCCUAAUAGCUCGACUGUAAGUCCAAAGUGCAUAAGACAGAAAUACACACACACACACACACACACACACCCUUUGCAUGCAGGCGCUCUUAAUGUUGUACACAGGACAGCCAAAAAGCACAAUACUUUUUACCAACAUAUCUUUAUGUGCAUUUUUUUUAAAUUAUUUAUUAUUUAUUUUGUUGAAAGUAUCUUUUGUCCUCUCUGUGUAAUGUCAUCAAUGGUUGCUCUCAGUCCCAUUGUCUUGUUUUUCCGGUACAUUAGCACAACGAAGUCGUGGUUCUGCUGAGCAACAGGGUAUCGGCCGGCUGUGUUUGCAGAGCGUAAUCUGAGCUGGGUGAGCCACAUCAUUUGUUCACUUUCUCUCCAUUUUCUCAGGUUAGGCUCUUGGCAACAAUUAGAGUGGAGGAUAAUCUGCUUGUGUACUUUUUAAACCCAAAGACAAAGAUGGCAACCCAUUUUAACUGUGUUCCCUCCUCUUUGGAGAGAAGCAAAACAACAACAACAAAAAACUAAAAGCUAAAAAAAAAAAAAAGCACAGCAACUGUUCCUCAUCCACCGCUUGUGUUUGUGCGCAGCGUUAUCAAAGAUCGGGCAUUUCAGGGGGAGCGUUUUACUUGAAGACCUGCUUAAGUGGAAUGACCCAAAACAUGCUCCGGACACGUAGCUAUAAUAAAUACGCAUGAAAAGCACUUCAAGUAAGACGCCACCCGUGUAAAGAAACGUUUUAACACUGUCUUUCUGGAAGGAGACUCUUUGUAAGCAGGAAGUCAUUGUAGUUGCAAUGUACUGUAAUUUUCCAUCCAAUAAUAUUGCUCAUCAUAUCAUCUGGCUAUUGAUGCAUCAGCUCUACAGAUUUAUCAGUUAGAUCCAAAUGUGAAUAUGUAACUAAAGAUUUCACUUCAUGGCUAUUACUACUUAUUAUUAUUAAUAUUAUUUUUUAUUUUAUUUGUUUUCUGAAUGUAUUUGUUGUUAUUGCUGUGUUGUACUUUGCACUAACGUGAGGUCCUCUGAAACUCCACAAUUACCUUGUAAACGUACCCUUUACAUGUUAGAGGCCAGGGAUGCUUUAUUGAUUUUUUUUAAAAACACAUAUAUUUAAAUAUAUAUCUAAAAAAAAAUACACUUGAUUUUAAUUAUGUAUUCAAUAUCUUAAUUUUGACUUGUAAAAAAUUUUUUUGAUGCCAGAUAGAUGGGGUGCAGCCGACAGGGCAUGUGGUUAUCUGAAUAUAUAAAACCAGAAUAAACAAAAAGACCUGCAGUGAUUUUUCAGGCCCACCUCCGACGGCUGAUCUAAUCUAACAGCGGCACACGCUGCAUAAAAAAACAAAACAAACAAAAAAACAGCUCGACACGCCUGGUUGCUUUACGCAAAUGCCAGAUUGCGUGCGCAUGUUUGUGCAAUCUGCUGUUCUGCUGACGUUAACAGGAGACUGGCAUUGCACUCGUCCCUGCAUGGAAUAUGAUACAGCGGGGAAGGAGAGGGGAACAAUGAGGCAGCAUGUGAGAGCUGGAUGGACCGCAAAGCAGGGGAGCAAAGGGAGGCAGCCGGGCUAUAAAUAGAAGCGGCGUGCAAAUCUGAAAUUCAACUGUGCUCACCGUGGGUUUGCUUGAACUCCCGCGUGUGGAGAAGCAAACAAAAGUGGCGUUCGUGCGGAGCAUCCGUGGACGGAAUCAGCCCCCGGUCCAAUUAGGGCUUCCCUCAUCUCAUUUAUCUGUUCAUAUGUCUGUGUGUAGCAGUGAAAAGCAUCCGUGGAUGUGCACUAGUCUCAUUUUUCUUUUGCAUUUGCACACUUUAGCCUGCAUGAGUUGUUCAAGGGCACACCUGUGAUCGCUGUUCUAACUGAUGACGUGUUAGGCUUAGCUUACCGCCUGCUGUUUCUGCAUGGGACUUCCGGUGCAACACAAGUUCACCCACACGGACACACAGGAAGUUUGGUCCUGGUUCAAAACGUCGUCUCCCAUCAGUAGGAAUAAUCUUUGGAAAUAAAUGCAAGCAAACCAGUUUUGUAUCAUCGUUAUACUUUAUGCCACUGUUCUGGCUUUCAAAAGGCUUAAAUUUGACUUAUUGGACCUGAGCAUUUAAAUUAGAUUGUUAAAGGCUUGGAAUUUUUUAUUUUUAUUUUUUUUUUACCUUAGAUAUGGUAAUAUCUAAAAAUAUCUUACACAAUAGGAAUGAAUAAAAGGUUUGAGAUGUUUUUCAAAUGCGUCAAAUCUGUCAAUGUAAAAAUAAAGGAAGAUCACUAAACAGUCAAGGAGUCUAGAGAGAGAUUUCCUCUUUACAUCCUAACAGUUAGCUAAAUAUUUUUAAAGACAACAAACUCUGUUUUAUGGACCACAGGGUAGUUCUGUUUGAAAGCAAGGCUGAAGUUUGUUCAUGUAAGAUGAGGUUCGAGAAAUAAAAUAAAAAUCCAACUACAGGAAAGCACAGUGGAGGUUCCAUCAUGCGACAGGAUAUUUGAAAAGCGAUUGAAUUAACUCAAAUCUAUUUGUUGUAGUUUCACAAUGUAAACAAAGACAUACAACAGUAAAAAAA